UGGAGGGCACUCAGUGUAUCGCAAACUAGAACAUUAGCACCAACAAGCGCCUCGGCAUCCUCCUCGCCGCCUGAAAAGCCUUCUGAAUGAGAGGAGAGCAGCUUCUUCUCGGCACAGCUACAAAGCAUUCGCAGCCUGACCAGCUCCAUGGAUCCAAGGCGCCUGGCCGGCUUUUGAGAGGGGGCUCGUUUCUCCUGGAAGGCCUGCUGGCAUCCCCCGGUGGAGGGGAUGGGUCGCUGUGCCUGCGGAUGGCAAGAGGCAGCAGCCGAAUAAGAAGGGAUGCUCAAGAGCUGGGGAAGGUGUCUGUCUUCCUCCCUGAGAAGUUGCUUUACCUUCAGUCUCCAAUGUGCAGCCUGCCAGUUGAUGCUGCUGGUCCCCUGCUGAUGUGCAGGAUGGCUCUCAGAGGCUAACCGCCCCCCCUUCCUCCUCUUGUCCCUCUGCACCCCCACCCCCACCAUCCCCAUUCCCUAACCCUUCCCUCCCCCCCACAUCUCCCCCAAAUUCUCCCUCGUCCUCUCUCGGGAACUUUGUCUGGCUUCCCAGCAUUUGACGCCGGAUGGCACUGAAGUCAAUGGCCACUGAGCUUGGGUGACAUGGACAUUGUGAUGGUUUAAAGAAAGAGAGUGGCUGGCUGGAGAGCAGUGGGGAGAAGCCCAACAAGAGGAAACCCACCCCCCCCCAAAGGGAAGAAGCAAAACAGCUGGAAGGAAAGGGGGGUACAGUUGUGGAUCAGAAAAGGAUGGGUUUCCAUGUAAUUAAGCAGCUGAAAGGCAUGCGUGCGGUGUUCGUGCUCCUUCCUACAGUGCUGUUUGUAACACUGACAGGGGCUCAGAGAGCUUGCCCCAAGAACUGCAGAUGUGAUGGCAAAAUUGUGUAUUGUGAAUCUCACGCAUUCAGAGACAUCCCUCAGAACAUUUCCGGAGGGUCUCAAGGCUUGUCGUUACGGUACAACAGCAUCCAGAAGCUUAAGCCAAAUCAGUUUGCAGGCCUUCACCAACUCAUAUGGCUGUACCUUGACCAUAAUUACAUCAGUUCCGUAGAUGAGGAUGCCUUUCAAGGCAUCCGCCGGCUGAAGGAAUUAAUUCUAAGCUCCAACAAGAUCACCAUUCUGCAGAACAAAACAUUUCAUCCGGUUCCCAAUCUCCGUAAUCUGGACUUGUCAUACAACAAGCUGCAGAUUUUGCAAUCUGAGCAGUUUAAAGGUCUUCGCAAGCUCUUGAUCUUGCACUUACGAUCAAACUCCUUGAAAACUGUUCCAAUCCGUGUUUUCCAAGAUUGCCGGAAUCUUGAUUUUCUGGAUUUAGGCUACAACCGCCUACGGAGUUUAUCCCGCAAUGCCUUUGCUGGCCUCUUGAAGCUAACAGAGCUCCACUUGGAGCACAACCAGUUUUCUAAGAUCAACUUUGCUCAUUUUCCACGUCUCUUCAAUCUCCGCUCCAUUUAUUUGCAAUGGAAUAGGAUCCGGUCCAUCAGUCAAGGUUUAACAUGGACUUGGAGUUCCUUACACAACUUGGAUUUAUCGGGGAAUGACAUUGCAGGGAUUGAACCUGGGACAUUCCAAUGUCUGCCCAAUCUGCAGAAGCUCAAUCUGGAUUCCAACAAACUCACCAACAUCUCUCAGGAGACUGUCAAUGCCUGGAUUUCUUUAAUAUCCAUCACUCUGUCUGGAAAUAUGUGGGAAUGUACUCGAAGCAUUUGCCCUCUUUUUAAUUGGCUUGAAAACUUCAAGGGAAACAAGGAAAGUACCAUGAUCUGUGCAGGCCCUAAGCAUAUCCAGGGUGAGAAAGUGAGCGAUGCUGUUGAAACUUAUAACAUCUGUGCCGAAAUCCCAGUUGUGGUCACUGAAAGGUCCUACCAGGCACCUAAAACUCCACAGAGGCCUAUCUUUAUUCCAAAACCUACUCUUCCCAAACUGGAAGACUACCAGCCAACGUCUUUUACACCAAGCCCUUCUCCAGAAUUCCCAACCUCUGGACCUGAGCCAGAGUAUGAGCAUGUUUCCUUUCACAAGAUUAUUGCUGGAAGCGUUGCCCUCUUUCUUUCCGUGGCUAUGAUUUUGUUGGUCAUAUAUGUCUCAUGGAAGCGCUACCCAGCUAGCAUGAAACAGCUCCAGCAAAACUCUCUAAUGAAGAGACGCCGGAAAAAGGCCCGAGAGUCUGAAAGGCAAAUGAACUCCCCUUUACAGGAGUAUUAUGUGGACUACAAGCCGACAAACUCUGAGACCAUGGAUGUAUCGGUUAAUGGAUCUGGACCCUGCACGUAUACCAUUUCAGGCUCCAGGGAAUGUGAGCUCUCCGGAGAAGUCCUCUUUCAAAAAGGAAUGGUCAUGGAUGAUUGUGCAGUGAAUAAGGUCCCUCACCAUAUGAAAACCUUACCCUAUUACGGCUAUGACCAGCCAGUGAUUGGAUACUGCCAGGCCCACAAACCCCUCCAUGUAAAUAAAGGAUUUGACACCAUCUCCCGGGACCAAGCUGAAACCACCAACCUGGAGCUGAGUCGAGAUCACAGCUUCAUUGCUACAAUCGCACGUUCUGCUGCUCCAGCUAUCUACAUUGAAAGAAUACCCAACUGAUGGAAAGUCUUUCUUGAAAGUUAAGAAGGAUGUACGGGAGGAUUCUUUUUUUCUGGGGCGGGAAGAACCUACAAUUCAAGGUCAGAAUGGAACAAGAAGAAGACAGUUUACCAUUCCAGUGACAAACGUUUUGAGGCAAACAAGGAGGAGGGGAAUGAAAUGAGAACUUGCUUGGGCAGGACAGUGGAAAUCCAGUUCAGUGACCUUGCAGUAUGAAUUGGAGAACUUCAGGAUUUCUUUUGGCUUUAAACUGUUGAACAGACUUCUUGGUGUAAAUAUCAAAGAUUGUCGAGUUCUUAUAAAAAAAAAGUUAGAUUUCACUCUAGCAACAUAAAGGGAUGGAUUAAAAGUUCUGUUUGUAUAUUUAAUUUUUCUACAUUGCACGGUUCCUUGGAAUGAGAACCACAGGUACAAAUAAGGGGGGAUGCAGACAGAGAAUGGUGUAUGAGGUAUCAUUUCUUUAUUAAGUGUUUAGCAGAAGAUUUCUUUAACAUUUGUUUCUUUUUUUUUUAUUUUGGGAACAAAACAAAGCAAGAUCUCUCCUUUCCUUUUUCUUGAGAGAGGGUGGGGGCUCAGUAUUAUCAUUUCAGGUUCUAAACAUGGUGUUAAAGGCUUGUGUAGAACCAAAUGGACACUGGCAAUUCUUGUAAAAGAACCAAGAGGCAAAACAGACAAACCUCGGGGUGCAUGUACAUUUAAGACACAUGCUGUACAUUAUGGGGGUGGAUGUGACUUUAUUUUUCCUAUCUUCAUUGUGCUUCAUUGUUGACACUACCCUUGUGUUUGGGGGCGCUACUGAUGAUAUAAGAGCUCACACUUCAACAGAACAGCAGAGUUCAAUGUAGACAAAGGGAAGGAAGAGGACGCUGGGUAUAGAAAUAUCCAUAACGUACCCAAUAUGGUAAAAAUUAGGCUGAAAAGGCUUCUUGGUGAAAGUCGACAGCUCGUGAUUUAUUUUUUUUAAAGAUAACCACAGUAGGAUGUGUAACAUGGUUUGAUUUAUUUUUAAUUAAUUAUUCUGAUCAGUUAGCUUUUGUGUAGUUUUUAUCAAUAAAAGGACAAAAAAAGUGGUGGGGAAAAAUAAACAUAUUAUUUUGUGGUGGGGCUGCCACUAAUCUAAUUAUUGAAUGUUUUCUCUAGCUGUUUUGUACUGUUGACCGCUGCAAUCAAGUACUCUCAGGCCAAGAUGGAGUUUUGUCUAAUUUAAAAAUGUUAAUAUGUUAUGAUCAAUGGGGAUGUUCUGGCCAAGGUUAAGCACUUAUUAAGUACCAUUUCAGUGGGAGUGAGUUAAACACAUGUGUAAUUAGGGCUAUUCACACAUUACAUUCUAUGCACAUACAAUUGUCCAUAGAAUACACACACGCAUACAUAUUUUUGUCUUAAUAACGGUAUAUGUGUAUUUUAGAAGUGAGAUUGAGGGAAGGAUUUCAUCAAAUUCAGGGUACAGAUGAUGCAUACUGUUGUACAGGGGUUGUACAGAAUGUGUGAUUAAUGACAGUCCUGUUCAGAUAUUAUGUUUUACCUGCAUUCAGAUGUUGUACGUGCUUUUGUGUGAAUGACUUGUACCUACAUUCAUUUUAAAAGUGAACCUGGGUACAGGUCCCCAGAAAUGCAUAUAGGAAGUGUUCUGCUGUAACUGCAUUCAACCUGCGUGAAUCACUGUACCUGUGUACAAUCUGCACAUAGCCCUAUUUAACAUUAUGUUGUACCUGCAUUCAGCUGUCUGUACACCAAGUGUUCUCAACAUGGGUCCACAGAUGAUGUUGAGAUCUCAUCAUUUCCAGCCUCAACAGCCUUUGGCCAUUGUGACGGAAGAGGGUGGGAAUUAUAUACUAUCUGUGAACACAAGUUUGAGAACGUCUGCUGUACAUGCUUACAUGUUUUUGUAUGAAUGACUGUACCUGCACUCAAUUCAAAAGUGAACCUGGUUCCCUUAAAUGCAUGCUACAGAGACUGCUGUAUCUGCAUUCCGCAUAAUAUGUGAAUAGCUGUACCUGAGUACAUUGGUCGUACACAGCCCUUUUCAGGCAUUAUGAAGUCAAAAGUGGAGAGGAAGUCCCGCCCCCCCUCCACUGUCAGUCACCCCCUUGCACCUGUGGAACACGGAGUUGAUUGUCUGAAGGGGGUGGUGCUGUAAAUGUGUUCAAUGGCGAUUCUGUAAACUCCAACCUGGAUUGAUCCGGGCUCCAUCUCACUGAAUUGCCACUGAACGCAUUUAUAGAGCCUCCCCCUUCAGACAAAUGGUUCCGUAAGAUGAGGAGAGCUGGUCUUGUGGUAGCAAGCAUGACUCGUCCCCUUAGCUAAGCAGGGUCUGCCCUGGUUGCAUAUGAAAGGGAGACUAGAAGUGUGAGCACUGUAAGAUAUUCCCCUCAGGGGAUGCAGCCACUCUGGGAAGAGCAUCUAGGUUCCAAGUUCCUUCCCUGGCAUCUCCAAGAUAGGGCUGAAAGAGAUUCCUGCCUGCAACCUUGGAGAAGCUGCUGCCAGUCUGUGUGGACAAUACUGAGCUAGAUGGACCAAUGGUCUGAUAUGGCAGCUUCCUGUGUUCCUAAGUGUCUUCAUUGGGUUCCAGGGGGUGAUUGACAGCAGAGCAGUGGGACAUCCUCCUCACUUUUGCCCUCAUAAGCAUGAGUGUCUGCACUGCCGCACUCAUCGUGUCUGAAGAGGGCUCAAGUGUUGAACAUAAUGUGUGAAGAGGGCCAAUAUGUGCAUACAAUCCAGUGUGUGAACAGACCUAACUCUCCUGUUUAAAUCAAUGGAGCUGAAGUGCUGAACUUUGGCUGGGAUUUGCCCCAUAUUUCUAUUUUGAUUAAAAAGAUUGGACUUA